AUGCCAAACGAUGACCUCCUAACCGACGAAUACGUCGCUGGACUGCUAGCCGAAGAGGCCAAGGACUGCUCUCUGAAAUACUCAACCAUGGGCAUGGAACCGAGAAGGGAUCUCAGGCCGGCCAAUUUGCCGAGGCCCAACACGCGGUUCCUUCGCAACAUCAUCAAGAACACGGAAACCCACAACAAAGCACGGAUUGCAAAGGGAGAAGCCCAGUCAAAGGCCAAGCUCCAAGAGCUGGACAAGGCUGACGAGGCUCGACGACGCAAGACGAAUCCAGAUGCGAGCGACAUCCGAAAGCGUCAGAUGGGUGACAUCCACGCCAUUCUGGGCGGCACGAAGCGAACUGGCGAUCAAGGCGGCGAUGACGACGGCGGCGAUUCGGACCCGCUGAAUGAUCUGAUCGGCCCAGCGCCGCCUGCCAGGCACCGUGGACGAGGCACGAUUGGCGGGGCCGCAAACCUGGAUCGUCGCUUCUCCGAGUUGUAUGACCCGCGAACCGAUACGCAAGACCACGACAUGGACGGAGGUGACUGGGACGACACGGUAGAGGCCUACAGGGAUCUCCAGAAGCUGCGACUGAACCAGCCACAGCGAAUGAGAUCCGCAGGCUUCACCGAGAACCAGAUCGAACGUGUCGAGGACAAGCGCGAGAAGACGGACAAGGACGUCGUUUGGUCCAAGGCAGGCGAGAAGCGGGCGUGGGACAGGGGCAAGUUCUUGGACUAG